UUGUAAAAAUUUGGUAUAUUUUCUAUUGCCACUAGUCGUUGCUGCCCUGGUCAUCAGUUCUGCAAAACGAUCCAACAUGCACGACAGCUGAUUUCUAUUGUGAUAAACAUUUUUUUACGUGAAUAUUCCCGCGAAGAACUAGGAGUUUAGCCUGUAGUUUUUUGCUUUUUUUAAUGCGCACUGCAUGCAAGAAUGUCGCUGCAAACGGCACUGGGCUGUAUUCUCACCGUAUUAGCUUCUAUUAGUAUUGUGGCUUCCAUUAUUUUGUUGGGCUGGUUAUUGAUUUGGAAGGCAUUUCUAUCCAAAUUUCGUCUUGUGCGUGAACUGCUGGGUCAGGAAGAGCCAGAAGAGCAGCAGCAAGUAGUUUGGGAACAGCAACAUCAGCACGGAAGAGCACGCAAGGCACGCCGAGAUUGAGUCGCCCAGUUCCAGUUCCACUUUUAGUUCCAUUUCCAGUCCCAGAACCUUUUACAUCUUCAACAACUUCAACAUGAACAUUCGCUGUGCAAAGCCCGAGGACCUGAUGACCAUGCAGCACUGUAACCUGCUCUGUCUGCCCGAGAACUAUCAGAUGAAGUACUACUUCUACCACGGCCUCACCUGGCCACAGCUGAGCUACGUGGCCGAGGACGACAAGGGAGGCAUUGUGGGCUAUGUUCUGGCCAAAAUGGAGGAGCCCGAGCCGAACGAGGAGAGCCGCCACGGCCACAUCACUUCGCUGGCCGUCAAGCGCUCCUACCGUCGCCUGGGCCUCGCCCAGAAGCUCAUGAACCAGGCCUCCCAGGCCAUGGUCGAAUGCUUCAACGCCCAGUACGUGUCGCUGCAUGUGCGCAAGAGCAACCGAGCCGCGCUCAAUCUUUACACCAACUCACUGAAGUUCAAGAUCAUCGAGGUGGAGCCCAAGUACUAUGCGGACGGGGAGGACGCCUAUGCCAUGCGUCGCGACCUCAGCGAAUUCGCCGAGGACGACGACGACAAGCCCAACACCAAGGAUGGGGCCAACGACGAGACGACUGGCGUUGACAAAACCCACCUGAAAGCCAUCGGCUCUGGAGGCCACAAUCAUCACGGCGGCCACGAUGGUCAUUGUGGCUGAAGAACGUGCGGCUGCUGAGUUUUGAAGUUUUUUUUUGCAUUUUUGUGCAUUAGGUUUUUGUAAUAAUUGUAGCACACUACACACACAUAAAACGUAACUAAAAUUUAACAAA